AUGAUCACGGUCACAGCUACGGGAGCUACCAUCACGGUAUGCUCCAACUGCAAACACGAGGGGCAUGGAGCCAACCAGGUUAACUGCCCUGCGUUCCUGAAACAGCUGACCAUCAGAGAGCGAUUCCUGCUGGACCACCAGGCUAAGGCCAAGGAAAGAUCAGAAGCUGCGCGGGUCAGGAAGGAGACUACCUUCUCGCAAGCUCUGAGAAGCAACAAGGAGUUGCCGCAUCUGGGAGCCUCGAGCACUUCGAUCACCACUGAUGAAGAGCUCGGCCCCACGCGUCCGUCACCACCAAGGCAGACAGCACUAACUGCGUCCACGGACCAGCCGAACAUCCUGCUGGCCAUCUUCCAACGCAUGGACUAUGUGGUAGCUGAAGUAAACAACAUGAGAACCGAAAUGAAAAGCCUGAAGACAGAACUACUCACAAUCAAUAGAGCCAAAACUGCAACCACUGUUAAUGGAUAG